AGAGAAGUGAUUGAGAACCAAACGAUGCGUCACGUACUCAGAUUCUUUUGCUGAAUUUGCGCAAUUUGCUGAAAUUAACAUGAUAUGAGGUUAUGAUUAAAGACCACCACCAACAAUGUCUUCCCCAUCGCCAACACCUGUAAGAGCAAUAUAUGGCUUCGUUCUGUACCUUGCUGCCUAUGUUGUAUUUGUUGUCUAUGUAAUCUGGGCGUAUUUUCCUGAGCAAUGGCUGGACACAAUUGGCUUUUCCUAUCUCCCCCAGAAGUACUGGGCUGUAGCAGUGCCAUGCUACCUGUGCGUACUGUGGCUGCUGGCCUACCCAGCCUGGUUUGGAUACAUCCACCUCUGUACACCAGCUCUUGAUUCACGGACAUUGAUCACUGAUGAGCAUUCAAUCGCAGUGAGUGGCGACACAAUGUGGCCUGGUGAGACCCCUCCCCUGUCAGAUCUGCCCAUCUCUGAGGUGAACAGGAAGUUGUACCUGUGAAGAAACCAGAAUCUUAAGAUCUACAAAUGAAAGCAGAACUUAUUGUGAAUUCAUUAAAGCCUGAACUGAUAAUUGGUGGAGUAACCUGAACAUCCAAAAUGAUGGCAAUGAUUUUACAGACAUUCAAGUAAGAAUGGCAUGCAUAGAAUGAUAUUGCUUGAAAGGUAAUUUUGAUGUUCAGCCAAAUAAUCAGAAAUUACGCAAGUAAUUUAUGGACUUUUGUGUAAGCAGAACAUACAUAAAAGCAGGCGAGUAUUUUUAACAUUUGAUUAAGAGGUUUUGUUUAAAUUUUUAGUCCAUGAAUAUAUUUGCUGCAGAGUACAAGGAUAUUUGUGCACUGCAUGAAUGUUAUAUGUAUGCUUGUAUCAAAGAUGGUAAGGUAAACUUGUUUACUAAUUAAGGUUGGUCGGUUGACCAUUUUUAUGCCCCCAGUAGGGCAGCAUAUAGCAUUUGAACUGUCCGUCGGUCA